UGGCGGUGUAUGCACCUGUCGGUUGGUUGUGAUUCGCCAAUAAAACUUAAAGAAGAAGAAGAUUAUUGCUGGAGAGAGAUACAGUGCUGAUUGUAUGGAGAUUGUGACAGCCGGUUAAAUGGCAUCCCUUGAGAAGUCUAAUAGAUGGCAGUAAUGCAACAUUGAAUGGCUUCCAACUGCCGUUUAACCUCAUCGAAGAAGAAAAGAGCGCAACGACGGAUAGACGAGAACAUCUUUGGCGCAAGGUUGGUUUCUUCAGAUUUUGACCACGCCCACUGCUGAAUGCGGAAGUCACCAGUUGCUGCUGUUUGUGUGCAUGAAGGUUUUAGAGAACUUUCCCUUGAUGUGAACUGAAGAUUGUACUGCUCCCCAACAUGUCACAUACACAAGCACACAGCUACACACUGAUUACAAAGUGUGUGUGCAUGAUCAUCACACAACUCUUUGCCUCUGGACAUGCAGAAGAAAUGACAAAAGAUGGAAAACAGAACCGUUCUCUGGUAUCCAUCCACUACCUUGCCAGUUUACCUACUCUCCGGGAUAUCAUAGUGAAAGAGGGAGCCAGCACUCUGAUUGAGUGCAAUGUCACUGGAAAGCCAGAUUACAUUCAGUGGUACAAUUCCAAAGGGCACGUUCUGGAUGCGGAAGAGGGAGGUGGGAAAUGGCUGAUUCAGGACAAGGGCGUUUUAAAUAUCACAACGGUCAGUUUUGAAGACCGAGGCCGAUACACCUGCAUAGCCUCCAGCUCGGCAGGGACCUCCAACUACACCAUCACCUUACGGGUGGCCUACGUCCACAGCGGCCUGGGCCUGUACUACGUCAUUGUGUGUCUCAUCGCCUUCACCAUCACCAUGAUCCUCAAUGUCACGCGCCUCUGCAUGGUCAGCAGUCACCUGAAGAAAACGGAGAAGGCCAUCAACGAGUUCUUCCGCACCGAGGGAGCUGAGAAGCUCCAGAAGGCCUACGAGAUAGCCAAGCGCAUCCCCAUCAUCACCUCAGCCAAGACCAUGGAGUGGGCCAAGGUCACCCAGCUCAAGACCAUGGAGUUUGCCCGCCACAUGGAGGAGCUGGCCCGCAGUGUGCCACUUCCCCAGACCAUCCUCAGUUGCAGGGCCUUUGUGGAGGAGGUUAUGGAGACGGUGCACACCUCGGUGGGGGCGACAAGCAUCCAGAAAGCUAUAGAGCCAGCCAACCCAGAGGGGAGAGGUAAAACCUGUGAGGUCCAGAUGUCAGCAGAGCAGCAGGGUCCAGCAGCACAUGGCAGAGAGGAUGAUGUUGAUGGUACCAUUGAAAACAGCCUGGACAUUGAGGUGUCUGUACACCCUAUGUCCAAGUGUGAGGAUGAGAAGUGGGCUGAAGGGGAUGAGGUGUCUGUACCCAUGCUGGGGCCAUGCUCCAGUGGGAGUGUGGCUUAUGAAAGUUGCAUUUAGUUGUGCGAGUCAGGUCUUUACAACUAAUAUUUUCCAGUUAGUUGUGAGGUCAAAAGCAAAGGGCUGCUCAGAUGGUGGGAGUUGAGAGGUAUUCUGUGUUUAGGAUGCUACUGCCUCUAUUUCAUAGAGAAAAUACAUUGGAUGAAACCUAAAGAUGUUUCAGAGAUGAGAUAAGCCCUGAUAGCAGUGGUAUUGGUAUAUGGUAUUUACUUCACUACUUGCCUCAGUUUAAAUGAAGGAUUGAUUUGGUUGUUUGCUUGUGUGUUUGUAACUUAACACAUUAGAAAAAAUAAGAAACCUGCACACUGCUCUUGCUAGUAUCACUGCUCUUUAUUAAGCUUGAUGUAUCAGCCUUCAAAAAGCUCUGACGAAGGCCUUGAGGCCGAGAUGUAAAGCUUAAUAAAGAGCAGUGAUACUAGUAGUGUGCAGGUUUGCAGGUUUCACUAGUAUCACUAGUGAUACUAGUGAUACUAAUAGUGUGCAGGAUUCUUCCGUGCACCUGCAACAGAGGUGGCUCAGAUGUGCCUUUUUGAAUUUUGUAUCUAAACAAAUAACAUGUUGUUAUUUUUAAAAUCACUUGGAAUAUGGGUUGCACAAGGCAAUCUAGCAAAUUAAGUACAAUUUUACUCGGGGUAAUGGGUGUAAUCAGUGGUAUAAAGUACUUAAGUAAAAAAUACUUAAGUACUACUUAAUUAGUUUUUGGGGGUAUCUGUACUUUACUAUUUAUACUUUUAAAAACGUUUACUUUACUACAUU